UUCAAAUAAAGUAAUUUCUGUUCAAAUUGAAUGUAAAGUGCAUUUUAGUCCGAAGGCCCAGUAAAGUGAACGGUCCAACCUGUAAAUCUAAGCGCGUUUGUAAAUAUCAUUUGAAACCGCCCAGUUACCUCGUGGGAGACCUGAGACAAACGGUCCGCGGUUCACGUCAAGGUCACAUGACUCGGCAAAACCUGUCACACUGAAACAAAGAUAAUUACAAAAGAAAAUUGAUAAGCGAAACAGUCAGUAUUAUUAGUUCCGAUUUCUAAGUGGUAGUCUGUCCGAUUUGUAGAAUGACUGGCCUGAAAGACAGCAAAGGGAUACUGGUUAAGACAGGGAACGUUCUCAACUUGAACGACAUACUCAAAAAACCGGGACAGCAGUCCAGCGACGAGCUGUUGGAAUGUCUGAAAAUCACUCUGGCCGACUCUAACAGAUCUUCGAAUGAAGAUCUUUGCGUUAUCACAGGAAAAGAGCCGGUCUACACCGAAGACAUCGACCCUAAAGAACUGGUCAUCACAGUCAAAGUAUUUCUGAACUCGGGCUCAGUGGAAACCCUAAAAAGUGCGCUUGAUAAUUGUGUAGAGUACUUAAGUGCCCCAGUUCUUGGAUCCCUAGUUUUAGCUUACCAACGUGAAAAAUUUUCAAUUCAAGAGCUUCACUCUCUCUGGACUGUAUUGGAAGAUUACACGAGACAUGGGAAACUAGAAAGAAUCGGUAUUUCAGAUUUGGACACAGAUUCCUUCAUUGAGCUGUACAAUUGGUCAAGUAUUAAGCCUAGCCUGGUUCAGCUUGGUCUCGCUGGGUGUUGUGUGGUUCCGCCAAAACUGCAGGACUUUGCGAAAGCCCAUGAUAUUCAACUACUCACUCAUGGUGAUCCUGCAGAUAUUCUACCUCAAGAACGAUUACAGCAAUUAUUACCGGAAGUAACAAAACAAGAACAAUGGUUUGUAUGCCGAUUCCAGGGACACAUCAAAUGCAGAGGCGUUCUUGCGACAAAGGGCUACAUUGUUGGAAUUAGGCUCGGAUAGACAUGUUUGGACCACAAAGUGACCUUUGAAAAUGUUCAACCAAUGUAAUCUUAGUUACCAAAAAUAAUCAAGCUGUUUAUACUUUGUAAUAUUUUAUUAUUGUUUUAAUUUUUGCAGGCAGAAAUUAUUCUUUUAUACUUAAUUGGUUUUCUUUUUGUAGCUUUAGCUGUACACUUGAAAAUACACAGUUAUAUUUUAAUGUC